UCAAUCAGUCCAAUCAAGACCAUAACCGUAAUUCUUUUUAUUGUCUGAUCUUUCUUAUUGGAUAAUAAGAUUGGUUCCAAACUGACGUCUUUAUCCAUUCAUAAAUUUGUACAAAAAACUCGCAAAUAUAAACAAUUUAUUUUUAGCCGAGGCGGAAAGUGGUCUAAUGCGGAAUGUUCCCACCGACUCUCAUACGAAGCUGUCUUCCAGUUAUAAACCCGAUGUUGAGGCGUCCACCGCACUGCCCGUUUAGACAAACAUCUUCGCUUCACAGCCAAACAAAGACAGGAAAUACAUCGUUGCAAAAGACGAAAUGGAUGAAUUUGAGGGCGAUAAUAACACGAUGGGUGCCUUUAGGCAGUGCCAUGUACUUGGGUUGGUGUUACAUUCGCGCGACCAUCAAUUACGAAGUGUCGAAAGUGGAAAUACGUUUUUACGAAAUGUUUCCCUUUCGGGUAACGAGUCGCUGGUGGGGUCGGCUGGCCGCCUGCGAGCUCCCCAUGUCUCUGCGAGGUAUAGUUUACGGUAUAUAUGUGAGAUUGUUUAAUGUGAACUUGAGUGAGGCGGCAGUACCAGAUUUGAGUUACUAUAAGAGUUUAUCCGCUUUCUUCACGCGUUCUCUCCGCGAUGGUGCGCGGUUCAUAUCUCCCGCGCCUUGCGUCUCUCCCUGCGACGGAAUAGUUCUAAACUGUGGUCCGGCCGAUACAGAUAAAAUAGAGCAGGUGAAAGGCGUAACAUACAGCCUUGAAGAAUUUCUUGGUGAUAACAAAUGGUCGAAAAGAAAAGGUGACAGUUACUACGACUCAUUGUUGACAAAUAAGAAGAAUAUUCUCCACCAGUGCAUCAUUUAUUUAGCACCAGGUGACUACCACAGGUUCCAUUCGCCGUGCGACUGGACGGCGACGUUCCGCCGUCAUUUUUCCGGUAAGCUCUUAUCAGUGAAUCCUUGGAUGGCACGAUUGAUACCUGGUCUGUUUACGAUGAAUGAACGAGCUGUCUACAUCGGUGAAUGGAAGCAUGGAUUCUUCAGUAUGACAGCAGUGGGAGCGACGAAUGUUGGGUCGAUAGAGAUCUACAAAGAUCCCCAAUUGCAGACAAACACGAAAGGUGGACGUAACAGGAUCGAGGAGUCCGAAAUAGGACAGCUUAAGUUGAAAAAGGGUGAAUUAUUCGGUCAGUUUAAUAUGGGUAGUACAAUAAUAUUAUUGUUUGAAGCACCAAGGGACUUUAAAUUUGAAUUUUCUGCCGGUGACAGGGUCCAAGUGGGUCAGGCUUUAACUGUGGCUGCCAAGGAACAAGCCAGAUGACCUGUUUACUCUGAGUUAGUUCAAAUUGCACAGUUAGUGCUAAUUUUUUAUAUGGUCUCGUUACUACUUUGAGGCUGACAAGGUUUGAGCUUGUAGAAUAGUGAUUCUAAAUUCAAAUCUAUAGAUCUAUAGAGCUUAAACUGUAAAUAAAAAAAAAAAUUGGCUGUACAGACAAUGGUUACUUUGUUCAUAGACAAAAUUUCUCUUUUAUAUAUUGUAAAGUGUGUACUUGUGCAUUAUAACAUGCAAUUUUAGAGGUUUUUAAGAUGGACUGAAUAAAAUUUUACUAUCAAGACCAUUUUAUUAUAAUGGAUUUACAUAAGACUUGUAAAGGCGAACAAAAGAGAAAAAAAAAUUGUCUGUGGAUAAUGCUCCAUAUUUGUACAGGUCAUAAUUGUUAAGUGGUGCAAUCUAAUUUAUGACUAUCUCGAAAUUACAUAAAACUUAAUUAUUUAGUUGCUUGCAAUAGUUUGAAAGCUAAAUUAUCCAAUAUUUGUAUUGAUAAUAACAGUAAAUGGUAAAACCACAUAUCUUUGUGGAGUUGAAUAUAACAUUAUUUGAAAUUAAAAUUUAGUAACCAUUUACAAUCUGACAGGCUGUAUGCUUGUGCCCCAUCUUCAUGGUAUAAAAAAAAAUAUUUGCAUAAUUCUAAAUUUGAAACACAUUUAGAACAUUUAGAUCCGUUGAAGGCAAAUUUAUUGAGUAAUUCAAAACGUACAUGGCCAGAUUUAGACAAAAUAUUUAACGGCCAAUAAUCAACGCGCGCUCACACUCCCCAUAAGUUCGAUAUUGUCUCUAUGUAAGUACAUGAAGGUAGCAUACAUUUGUAUAAAAAAAAAAAAUACAAACUGACUGAUCGAUCUUUCGACCUCAAAAGUCGUAAGUUCGAAUCGGGUCGACACCAAUAAUAAAUAUUGUGUGUCAAUUAAGUUUCGAACAAUUCUUUGAUGUGAAAAGAAAAAUCGAUAAUAAAUGAAAUGAAACCUAAUGACGGCGGUAGGCUCGCUCCCGCUGUGUUCUAAUGUGCUCGGUGAAAUAUGUGCGUACUAAGUAUUACGUUCACCAAACUGGCAACAUUUGACACAUGCCCCUACCUAUCCCAGUAAGGAUUAAUGUCGUGAGCGUACUUAUUAUAUAAAAAAAAAAAAAACUGAUGUAACAAUUUUCUUUUAAGCUAAUUUUCAAAUUCAAUUGAAUGUAAUAUUGUAAAUAUUUAAUUGUUACUUGCUUCAGCUUGAAAGAUAGUUUUUUUUUAUCCCGAUAAGGAAAACUGAACGGCAGGUGGCGCUAGGGAGUAAUCUGACGCUUACCGGUGUAGAUAUUUAAUUAAUAAAAGAAAAAUGUACAGUCGAACAUAAAACCUCCUUUAUUUCAAGUUGGUUAUAAUUUUAUACACAUUGUUAUAUAUAUACUUCCCGCUUGAGAGUUUGUAUAUAUAUAUGCAAAUAUCUUUAUUACAAUGUUAUGAAGCAGAAUGAAUCAUGUUCAUGAGUAAUAUAACCAUACCAAUAUAUAUAUAUAUAUAUAUAUAUAUAUAUAUAUAUUUAAUGGAUGAUAAAUGGAGUGAUAACCCCGCAUGCGCUAACGGUAUACACCGGUGGGGUACCAGUGAGGGAUGAUAAGUGAAGAUGAAGCAGGUCUGUAGCCCAUCGUAACAAAUUUACUAAUGAAUCAAUCACGAUGGUUUCCAGGGGGAACCACGUGGAGGUCGACUUGAUAGAGUAUAUUGCUAGCGAUAGGGUUGCUAAUACGCAUUACUAACAAUCCCUUCCCCCUAUCCGAUUUUUUUUUAUUGGUGAAAAUGUAAUGGUAAUCCUGGAGAACCAGUGAAGAGUGACAGAUGAGAAUGAAAACAGGCCAAUUAGCCCAUCAUGAUGAAUUCAUCAGGAAUUAACCAUGAUAGUUUCCAGGGGGGACCGCGAGGAGGUCGACCUGGUUGGGUAUAUUGCUCGCAAUGGUAUUCUCAGUCUCCAUUACUAACAAUCCCUUCCCCCCCCCCUAGUUUAAUCAAAUGAUCCUAGUCAUUAACACCCCCUAGGUUAGUAUAAGUGUUGUAUAAAUUUAGUGAACAAUCUAGGCAUGUAUUUUUAUCGAAGGUAUUUUUUUUUAAAUAAGACAUUUAAUAACAUUCAUACAUAGGUACAUCAAAAGAGCUUCCUUAAAAGGCCGUCAGCACACCUGCAAUGCCUUUGGUGUUGCCGGUACUCAGGGGUGGCGGUAGUCACUUACCAUCAGGUGAGCCGCAUGCUCGUUUACCCCCCUGUGUUAUAUAUGUACAAAGAUCGUUUUUAUUAAACACUAGUAGAGCGGUACGGAGGCGUAAUACCUUAUCCUUCAGGUAUGGCAAAGCUUGAUGGCUAUCAUGAACGUUUCAAGGCUCCUCUAUAGGCGAGGGUUACAAUUUCCAUAAAGUGCCGUCUGAAGCCGUCAGGUUCUUUGCCAUUCUGUGUUGUUUAGAAAAAAAAAAAAACAUUUCCCGCGCUGCUAUUCCGAUAAAAAUACAUUCCAAAAUUGUUCAAAUAUUGCCAGUUGUAAAAAAUAGACGAGUAUUAAUAUUUUACAGGGCCCGAUCUAGGUAUUUUGCCGUCGCAGGCAAACGAUAUUUGCUAUUUUUGACAAUAACCACAUAAGUAUUAUACAUGUCUAUUAGAAAAAAAAAAAUUAAAAAAUAGCUAAUAAAUACUACAUUGUCAUCUAAAACUUUUUAAGAAUGUUCAUAUCGAAGCUUACUUGAAGUGUGACAACGUAUAAAUUAAUUUUCGACAAUAAUUCAUUAAUUUGCUUACCUACCAUCAGGUGAACCGCAUUCUUGUUUGCCUCCUGUAUUAUAAAAAAAAAUCCAAUGUUUUUUAUUUAUUUUUUUCUUUUUUUUUUAUUACAGUGAUCUGGUAACGAAUUGAAAUUAUAAUCAUACGCCAAGAUUCUUAUACAGUUGUUUGAAAAAAAGUGUUUGAAAGCUUUCGAAGCAAAGGGUAAAACAGUAGGCGCAAUACUUUUCGUAGUGGGCCAGUAAAAUGUGCAACUAAUGAAUGUGUAAAAUAACUAGCGACCCGCCCCGGCUUCGCAGGGGUGUACAUUACAUCGUAUCACAUUAAAACCUUCUAAAAUUUACAGUCUUUCUCUACUAUAUUAUGCAUGUAUUGCAUUUACGAACCUUCCUCUUGAGUCACUUUAUCUAUUAAAAGUGUGUAGUUUUAAAGAUCUAAGCAUACAUAGGGACAGACAGACAGAGAAGUGACUUUGUUUUAUAUUAUGUAGUGAUGAUGAUGAUGAUGUAUCGAAAAUUUUGAAAAUUGACCCAUGAUUCCGAAAUUCUCUUACUUCCGUAAGUUUAGAUGUGAAACUUUUAAAGUAAUCUUUUAACAAACGUUAUUUCCCCUCUCCAAAUCGGGCCCUGAUAUUCUGCCUGCCUUACCAAUAGAAAUAAUAAUAGAGUCACAUGUGCAAUGUAUUUAUUUACAUUUUUAUUCAUUACAUUUUUAUUCUCCGUUUAUCCUAGUCUAUGAAUCGAAUAUUUUUUAAAAAAAUUUAAUCUAAAUAUUAUUUUUACAUAAAAAGAUAAAUUAGCAUAACCUCAUGCUGAAAGUAAACUCUUUCAAAAAAGGAAAUCUGCAAUUCGGCUCAGAGGUCCAAUCUCAGUGAAAUUGCUAAUUCUAUCUUAAAACGGUUUAAAAAAAAAACCUGAAUUUAAGUCCUUACAAUUGAAAAAUGUAUCAUUAAAUUCGACUCACAAUUGGCUAAGACACCGUGUAACGUUAAAUAUGCAAUAAAUCCUUAAUUUUUUUUUAAUUAAGUUACAAAUAGUGGAAAAGAAAUAUAUUACAAUUGUUAGCUAUGGUUUUUAAUCUUUCUAUACUUAGAUAUUUAAUUAAAUUAAGAAUAUAAUUAUGUUACAAAACUUAGAAGAAUUUAUAAGGUAGAAUUAUAAGAAUUGUAAUUAAUUAAACCGAUUUCUGCAAAUUUAUUAAUUUAACAGUGUAUAUACAAGUAAAAUAUCAACAUUUUAUAAUAAUUUUACACAUUUAAUGUGUAAAGUUAAUAUGUAAAUAAUUGUGUAAAUUUACAUUUAACAAUUUGACAAUUGUACUUGUUUGGUUCGUAUUACAAUUUUGUCAACACAUUAUUGACAAUUUUACACAUUUGACAUGUGUUGCUAUUGUGUAAAUAUUUGUAAUUUUACACAUUGAUGUUUAAAUCUAUUGUACCGACGCUGCGGUUGAUUCUGAACACCAUUUUCUAAACCUGUUUAUUUAUUUAAACUUUAUUGACCAAUAAAAUGUGUUACAAUAUGCGGUCUUGAUGCUAAACGCAUUCCCUGCCAGUUGACCUGUCUCUAAAACGAAUAUUUUAAUUUGACACUUUUGCAAAGAAAUCCACUAUUAUAAGGGGCAUCAUAAAUUUAUGACGAUUUCGACUUUACCUAUUGGUAAUUUAGUUCUUAUAAUAAACAUAAAUUUAUGACAAUUUCGACUUUACCUAUUGAUAAUUUAGUUCGUAUAAAUAAACUUUUUGCUGUGAAAUCAAAUUGAAUUUUUAAUUUUAGAGAUAGGUUUAGAGUUUAGAGAAAUGACGUUAAAGAAUUGACGCCGUUGUGUAAAUUCUUAAUUUUAAAUUUUACACAUUAAUGUGUAAAUUUAUUAUGUCAACGCUGUCAAUUGACAAUUAUAAAUUUGCAGAUAUGGGUAAUAGGUAGAUUAUGGGAGAGGGAAAUCGCUAGUGCCACUUUAAUUUCCAUUGUAUUGUAAAAUCUUUAUUGUACAUAAAUUACAUUGUACACAUUAAGAGAUUUAAUAUACAAUGGUGGAUUUUUCCCAUAGAGGGAUCUCUUACGAUCUACCUUUGAGAAGCUGAAUUGAUUUUUUUAGAACGAAAUAUCCGAUCCAAAAUUCAAAGUAUUAAAAAUCUGCGAGUAAAAAUAUUUACAAGGUUUCGACCAGGAAUUAUAAUACUCCUCCGGCUGGACCGCUACUGAAGAUGUUCCCUCACGAACACAUACAAAGCAUCAAUGGUGUAUGUGGUCACACGCAUUGAAUUGAAAAGUAGGAAGGGCCUGCUAUGUUAACGUGGACAGUCUAUGUAAAAAAAAAAUAUUUUUGUUUUUGUAAUCUUUGAAUUUCCCAAUAAUUCGCGUGUUGUAUAGAAUUUGUACAUUGUGUAGUUUUGUAAAGUGAAAAUAAAUAUUGACGUUUUUA